UACAAUGAAAUUCUCGGCAAAGGAGCUUCAAAGACAGUUUAUAGAGCAUUUGACGAGUAUGAAGGCAUCGAAGUUGCUUGGAAUCAGGUAAAGCUUUAUGAUUUCUUACAGAGCCCUGAAGAUCUUGAAAGGCUCUACUGUGAGAUCCAUCUCCUCAAGACAUUGAAGCAUAAGAACAUUAUGAAGUUUUAUACUUCCUGGGUUGAUACCGCAAAUAGGAAUAUCAACUUUGUGACAGAAAUGUUCACUUCUGGGACUUUGAGACAGUAUAGGCUAAAGCACAAGAGAGUCAACAUUAGAGCAAUUAAGCAUUGGUGCAGGCAGAUCUUGAGAGGACUACUUUAUCUUCAUAGUCAUGAUCCUCCUGUGAUUCAUAGAGAUCUUAAAUGUGACAAUAUUUUUGUCAAUGGCAACCAAGGAGAGGUGAAGAUUGGCGAUCUUGGCCUUGCUGCAAUCCUCCGAAAAUCCCAUGCUGCUCAUUGUGUUGGGACACCAGAAUUCAUGGCUCCAGAAGUUUAUGAGGAGGCAUAUAAUGAAUUAGUUGACAUUUAUUCAUUUGGGAUGUGCAUUUUGGAAAUGGUGACCUUUGAAUAUCCGUAUAGUGAAUGUACUCAUCCUGCUCAAAUCUACAAGAAAGUUAUAUCUGGUAGAAAACCGGAUGCUUUGUACAAAGUGAAAGAUCCCGAAGUUAGGCAGUUCGUAGAGAAAUGCUUGGCAACCGUGUCCCUUAGGCUCUCGGCAAGGGAAUUGCUCGAUGACCCUUUUCUUCAGAUUGAUAGUUGUGGAUCAGACUUUAGACUUGUAGAUUAUGGAAGGGAAAUAGAGGAUAUAGGUCCUCUCGUAAGGCAACCUUACCUU